AAGUGGCUCUGGGCUGAGAGGGAGAAGUCAGUGCCCGUGUCUCCACACGUCUGCCUCCAUCACUGCCAUCGCGAUCCUGCAGCUAUGUCCUACCCCGUGACCAGUCAGCCCCAGUGCGCCACCACCAGCUGCUACCAGACCCAGCUCAGUGACUGGCACACAGGUCUCACGGACUGCUGCAACGACAUGCCUGUCUGUCUGUGCGGCACUUUUGCUCCUCUGUGCCUUGCCUGCCGCAUCUCCGACGACUUCGGCGAGUGCUGCUGCGCGCCCUACCUGCCCGGAGGCCUGCACUCCAUCCGCACCGGCAUGCGGGAGCGCUACCACAUCCAGGGCUCCGUCGGGCACGACUGGGCGGCCCUCACCUUUUGUCUGCCCUGCGCCCUCUGCCAGAUGGCGCGGGAGCUGAAGAUCCGAGAGUAAGGAAGUUCCCUGUCUUCCCCGUCCUUUUCCACCAGUCUCGCCUCUGGCCUUCUCUGGCCACUCCUGGGAGGGACUGCCUCACCACCCCUGUCCCGCUGCCAGAAAUACACCCACAAUAAAAACCUGAAAACCAA